AUGCCGUCCUCUCUGCUGGAUAUCACGGGCAAAGAGGACGGGGGUUGGGUAUGGGGGAGAUGGUCCUGGAUACGCCUCAUUAUCAUGUAUGGGCCGACGACUCUAGAGAUUUGCUGUUUACCACCCGAUGGGAACAAGUCUGAAGAGAUGGACUCUCGAGACAUGGAUUCAUGGUGUGACUACACUUCUACGUCCACAAGUUCCACCUACACGAAUGAUUUCAUGCAGCAUGACAGUAUCUUCGGCCAAGAACUCCAUAAUAUAAAAAUUGAUCCAACUGCACAGACACACUGGAAGUGUGAGAACGUUCCGAAAGUGGAGAUGAAUUCUCAAGAUUCCACUUCUUUCAUUAAAAUUGAACAGCAGCACAGUCACAUUGUGAAGACAGAAUGGCCACAUAUGACUGAGCAUAAUCAUAUAGUAAAGACUGAGAGAUCAUGGCCUGGCCAGGAUGCAGUUUCUCAACUUGAUAGUGAUAAUGAAUUUUAUUGGAUCUGCCAAGGCGAUACCUAUGAAGUGAAGACACAGUAUGCAAAAGGACCAGUUACUUCUGAGGUCAAGCAUGAAGAUCACUCUGGUCAAGGCGUUGGUGCUGCAGUAAAGUCAGAGCAGACAAAAUCACACACUCAGUCCACAAUAAUGGAGAACUUGAAGGCACAGAGUGUACCACAGGAGGUGGAGUGGAAUUGCAGGAAAAAUAAAGAUAUUUUAGCAUGCAUGUCAUCACCUGAACUUCAAGAUGUGGAUGUUGCUGGAUGUAAAACUACACAGAGGCAGGUUCACAGUGAUGAGAAUCAUCACCAGUGCAGGGUUUGUAAAGCUGCAUUUAAAAAAUUAUCCGAUUUGAAACGACAUAGGCAGGUUCACAGUAAUGAGAAGCCUCAUAAGUGCAGUGUGUGUAAAGCUGCAUUUAAAAGAUCAUACGAUUUGAAACAACAUGGGCAGGUUCACAGUGAUGAGAAGCCUCACCACAGUGAUGAGAAGCCUCACCAGUGCAGGGUUUGUAAAGCUGCAUUUAAAAGAUCAUCUGAUUUAAAAGAGCACAUGAGGGUUCACAAUGAUGAGAAGCCUCACCAGUGCAGUGUAUGUAAAGCUGCAUUUAAAAGAUUAUCAUGUUUGAAACAACAUAUGCUGGUUCACAGUGAUCAGAAGCCUCAUAAGUGCAGUGUGUGUAAAGCUGCAUUUAAAAGAUCAUACCAUUUGAAACAACAUAGGCAGGUUCACAGUGAUGAGAAGCCUCACCAGUGCAGGGUGUUCAUCUACUUUACAAACACAGAUGAUGACCUAUGA